AAGCGUUACUCAGUAAGCUUUGAGAUCUUGAGGGGCUGUGAUCUGGGCAGGAGGAAGGUUUCGGUUGUUUCUGCACUUACUAUUCAACAUCCUUGGAAGCUCCAUCCUUUGUUCACAAUUGGAAAUAGUUUGAAAAUGCGGCUGGUUACUUCAUUAUCUUGCCAGAAAAGAAUCACUGGGAUGAGAUACAAUAAAAUAAAAUAAAAACGAUGAGAUCAUUUUCAGUUGAUCUAGUGAUAUUUCUGUAAGGACAUGUGAGGUACUAUCUAGCUUUGAGCUUCAGCAUUAACAGACUACAACACCCACUGCAAGUUGUGAUAUUCUCUUUAGAGGAUUCUCGCAUUCAGCAUUUGCUUUAGGAUAUGAGGCAGGGAUCAAUAAGAGCACAAUCGAUGGAAAUCUAGUUCCUCCAGGUGCUCUUGUUACCUUUGUGCAAAAGGGUAUUCAAUAUCUUGAACUGGAAGCAAAUUUGAGCAAUGAUGAUACUGAUAUGGAUGAAGACUUCCAGUUUCUACAACCUUUGGAUCUCAUUACAAAGGAUGUAUAUGAGCUGCAAAAAAUAAUAAAAGAGAAAAAGGAAAAGCUUCAGAAAGAUAAACCUAGGCGGAAGGAUAAGGCGAAUGCUGACCAUGAGAGGGACCACGAACGAGAAUCUGCAAGAGAAAGGGAGAAGGAGAAACAACAGAAGCAAAAAGAGCGAGAACGGGAUAGAGAAAGGAGUGAAAAGAACAAGGAGAAAGAAAAGCGCAAAGACAGAGAAAAACCACGUGAGGAUAUUAUGGAUGUGAAACUGAGCGGAGAAAAAGAGGCUGCCAGACGUGAGGAAAAUGGAAAAGCUGGAGAUUUGGAGCCUAUGGAGAUCUGCACAGACUCAACCUCUUUACCAUGUGAAAUUCCUAGUUGUGAUGUAAUGGUUUUGGAAGGGCAUACAUCCGAGGUUUUUGUUUGUGCUUGGAGUCCAGAAGAGUCAGUUCUUGCAUCUGGGGCUGGAGACUCUACUGCUAGAAUUUGGACCAUUGGAGAUGGUCCAUGUAAUUCUACUAUCCAAAGAGGGCCUCCAAAUGUUGUGGUUUUAAAGCAUUUGAGAAGUCGAGCAACUGAGAACAACAAGGAUGUUACAACACUUGAUUGGAAUGGCGAGGGUACCCUGCUUGCAACAGGUUCUUACGAUGGCCAAGCCAGAAUCUGGAACCGAGCUGGGGAAUUGGUUAGUACUCUUCACAAACAUAAAGGGCCAAUCUUCUCUUUGAAGUGGAACAAGAAAGGUGAUUAUCUCCUUAGCAGUAGUGUUGAUACAACUGCCGUUGUUUGGGAUGUGAAGUCUGGCGAAUGGAAGCAGCAAUUUGAAUUUCAUUCAGGUCCAGCACUUGAUGUUGAUUGGCGAAACAAUAAUUCUUUCGCGACCUGCUCCAGUGAUAGCCUGAUUCAUGUUUGUAAAGUUGGGGAGAAUCGACCAGUCAAAACAUUCUCAGGACAUCAGAGUGAAGUCAAUGCUAUCAAGUGGGACCCCUCAGGUUCCUUGCUGGCUUCAUGCUCCGAUGAUGGCACAGCUAAGAUAUGGAGCAUGAAACAGGAUGCCUGCUUGCAUGAUUUCAGAGAACAUGGCAAAGAGAUAUAUACCAUCAAAUGGAGUCCAACUGGUUCUGGUACAAGCAAUCCGAAUAAGCAGUUGUUGCUGGCAAGUGCCUCGUUUGACUCUACCGUGAAGCUAUGGGAUGUUGAAUUAGGCCGUCUUCUUCACAGCUUGAAUGGUCACAGGGAUCCUGUUUACUCCGUUGCAUUUAGUCCAAACGGUGAGUACUUAGCAAGUGGGUCAUUGGAUAAACACUUGAAUAUAUGGUCAGUGAAGGAGGCCAAGAUUGUAAGAACUUACCAGGGCAAUGCCGGUAUGUUUGAAGUAUGUUGGGACAAGGAAGGCAACAAGGUCGCAGCUUGUUAUGCAAACAACGUGGUUUGUGUGUUUGAUGUUCGAUUGUAGAGAUGGAGGAAUAUUUUUGAAGGACUUGUAGAAAUGCAGAACAAUUGAGGCUCCAUAAUUGAAGUCAUAUUGUAGAUAAGUGUUUUUUGGUUCUCAUCCGAUGUCUGGUACCCGCAUUGGAGCCCAACAAAAUCAUUAUGGCACUGACCUAGACUCAGGGUUGCGGUACUGCUGUAGCUGCUACAAACUGUUCCGCUGUUCUUGCUGUUGUUGCUGGCAACAAAAUUGACAUGGUUUUGUAGUAAGUUAGAGCAGCAGCAUUUAGUUGAUCAACUGCAAAUAUUUUGAUUAGAUGUAAUUUAGUUGCAUCGUCAUCUCGUUGCUCGAAAGUGAUUCCAAAAACCCCAGGAAUCGUUGGGUUUGCAAACUGGAAUUAUAACGUGGGAAUUAUAAUUUGGGGAUUUAAAAUAUCUUAUUUUAGUA